AUGGCAAAGAAGAACCUCACUUUAGUAACCGAAUUCCUUCUUAUAGCUUUCACUGACCGUCCUGAACGGGCAUUCCCUCUCUUUCUCCUCUUUCUAUUUAUAUAUCUCACCACCUUAUUGGGGAACUUGGGCAUGAUUAUCCUGAUCCAUGUGGACCACCGGCUCCACACCCCAAUGUACUUCCUUUUGAGUCACCUCUCUUUCAUGGACAUCUGCUAUUCGUCUGUCACCGUUCCUCAGAUGAUGGCUGUGCUGCUGGAGCUGGGGGCAGCCUUAUCCUACACACGCUGUGCUGCUCAGUUCUUCCUCUUCACCUUCUUUGGCUCCAUUGACUGCUAUCUUCUGGCCCUCAUGGCUUAUGACCGCUAUGUGGCCGUGUGCCAACCCCUACUGUAUGUCACCAUCAUGACGCAGAAGGCCCGUUUGGGUUUUGUGGCUGGGGCUUACCUUGCUGGUCUCCUCAGCGCCUUGGUGCGGACAGUCUCAGCUUUCACUCUCUCAUUCUGCGGAGCCAAUGAGAUCGACUUUAUUUUCUGUGACCUCCCUCCUCUGUUAAAGCUGACCUGUGGGGAUAGUUACAAUCAGGAAGUGGUCAUCAUUGUAUUUGCUAUCUUUGUUAUCCCUGCCUGCCUGGUGGUGAUUUUGGUGUCCUACCUGUUUAUCAUCGUGGCUAUAAUGAGGAUCCCCUCAGCUGGAGGCAGGGCCAAAACCUUCUCUACCUGUACCUCCCACCUCAUGGCUGUGUCACUCUUCUUUGGCACCCUCAUCUUCAUGUACCUGCGGGAUAACUCAGGCCAGUCCUCAGAGGAGGAUAGGGUGAUGUCUGUGUUCUAUACAACUGUCAUCCCUAUGUUGAACCCUCUCAUUUACAGCCUGAGGAACAAGGAAGUGAAGGAGGCCCUGAGGAAAAUUCUCAACAGAGCCAAGUUGUUCUAA